CUUCCACCUCCAAUGAUCGUCACCAGUUGAUUGGAGCGCCACCUUUUGUGCACGCUGCGGCUGUUUUCCGAACCGCUGCUGCUGGGACGCGCCGCAGCGUGUAAAAAAGGUUGCGCUUCGAUCGACUGGUGACGGGGUAGGCCAGGGGGAGUAGUUUGUGUCUCGUUGGAAGCUUAAUAACUGAGUUCGUUUACUAACGUUGGUUCCAAUACGCGAGCAGAAAUGCGGCCUCGAGAAAGCCAUAUUUUUAUUCUUAUGCGUGUACAUGGUCGCCCGAUCCUCAAAACCUCGACAAGGCAAACCCACUGUUGCCAAACCUGUACGUGAGUUUUUAUUUUCAGCGCCACUCCCUCUUAAUAAACAAACUAAUUUUUUUUUAAAGCGCGAUUGUAGGCGCAUGUUCACAAAUGUAGCCAAAAGAAUGUGCACGGUGUUAGCAUUUUUGAAACGCAGUCAAGCGUCAGAGCUACGAAUCCAAAGCAGUACAAUUUCAAGCAAGGUCUGAGCAACGACGACGCCUGUGCAGCCGUACAGAAUGCCACGGAGAAGAGACAGCUUGGGUGCAAUGGACACAGUACGGCAUCUCAGGUAUGAGAUGCCGCCGGCCUCGGCAUUUCGAGCUGACGAACUCCUCAAAGAAAAGGACGCACACUGCGACCCACAACAAGGAGAUGCCGGGGCUCCCAUCCAGUUAAAGAGGGAAGUUGGGCUCUUCAGCGCGACUGCUCUGCUCAUCGGAGCUGUCGUUGGAUCCGGCAUAUUUAUAACUCCCAGCAUAGUCUUCAAAAACUCUGGCUCUGCGGGUGUUGCUACCAUCGUGUGGUCUGUAUCCGGACUCACCACCAUUCUUGGUGGAUUAUGCUACGCGGAAAUGGGUUCGCUCCUGCCGGCUUCGGGCGGCGACUACGCGUACCUGACCGCGUGCGGGAAGUCGUUUGGAAAAAUAGGAGACAUCCUUCCCUUCUUCUACGCCUGGAGCUUCGUCAUCAUCUUGGAUCCGAUGACCGCCGCGCUUCAGGGGCUCACGUUUUCCAACUAUGCGCUCAGCGUCGUGUACCGCGACUGCAGCCCGCCUUAUUCGGUGACGGUCAUGGUAGCGCUAGCCUUUAUAUCGCUCGCCACAGCCGUCAACUGUUUCUCCGUGAAGACAUCCGCAAGAGUCCAAGACGUCUUGUCCGUCAUCAAGUGCCUCGUCCUCAUCGCCAUCAUUAUAACGGGUGCCGCCUUCGCUACAAGAGUGAACCACCUUACAUCUGGUCCAUUCUUCAGUGACGACAUUCUUCCCGGAAACGUGGCACAGGCAUUUCUGGGGGCUGUGAUCUGCUACGGAGGAUGGACGCAGAUCGCCUUCAUUGCCGGAGAGAUUACCGACCCAACUCGAAACCUGCCAAGGGCACUCUUAUGCGGCAUCCUCACCGUAACAGUGAUCUACGUUCUAACCAACGUCGCUUACUUCAUCGUCCUCGACGCCGCCACAGUCAUCAACACAGAAGCCCUCGCAGUGACUUUCGCCACAGUGACUUGGGGACCCGUUGCCGCUACCGUUAUCCCCAUAGCGGUAUCCGUCUGCGCCUUCGGUACCCUCUUCGCCGCUUCCUUCGUCAACGCGAGAGUCAUCUUAGCCGCAGCCAGACAGGGCCAUCUUCCAGCAGCCUGUUCCCUGGUCUCCGUCAAGACUUCGGUACCUCUUGCCGCCACCUUGCUUCGCGGCAUCCUCUCGCUCGCAUACACCUUCGCCGGUUCGGUCGGUUUCAUCGUGGAAAGCUGCGCGUUCUUGUACAACGUCUACGAAAUCUGUGGAGUCCUCUGCUUGUUCGUCCUAAGGUCAUCGAUGAAGGACGCUCCGAGGCUGUACAGGGCUCCCACCGUCCUCGCACUCCUCAAGCUCCUGAUAUCCAUGUCGCUGGUGAUCAUGCCGCUCGUGAACGUGGACGAGUACAUGCAGUACGUUCUGAUCGCGGCCGUGUUCGGCGCGGGCGCUGUGUACUACACGGUGUUUGUGGUGUGGGGGAUGAACAUCCCGGGGGCUCGGCCGUUGACUUUGCUCGUCCAGAAGCUGCUGAUGUCGGCGACGUGCGCGAAUGAACUCGAAUCGCUCUUGAAAGACAAGAUGUAAUCGUGUUGCUGUACAGAUAGGUUUUUCGAAUAAAUGUUUUAUACUCUGUU